GAGCGCCUGGCCAAUCUGGAGGCGCAGCUGGCGGCGCUGUCCGCCAGUGCAGGCGAUGGCGACGGCGCCGGGAAGAAGCAGGGUCCUCCAGGCAGCAGCGAUGCCCAGAUUCUGAAGAAGGUGUCCACGAGGCUUCAGGACUUCGAGGCUCAGCUCACUGCCCAGCUGAGCAACAUGCAGAGCGACUUCGACAAGAAGCUUUCGCACGUGAGCCGCGGAGCAUCCUCCAUGAAGCCGUUGGACGCUGCUGGGCCGUCCGCGGGGCUCGAUACCAUGGCGGAGGACCUGGACCAGCUCAAAUUUGACGUGGGUGAGCUCAAGGAUCUCCUGAACAACAACAAAGGCGAGGUGAAUCACGUUCGCCGCAUUGUGCUUGCAUGCGAGCGCGAUAUGGAGGACUUCACCGCUGCAAUGGACGCGGUCAACGUCGACCUCGACGAGAUGCGUGCGCGGGUGGACGCCACGCACUCCAUCAUCACAAGCCGACAGCGCGUGGAGGCCACGAUGACCGCUGAAAUCUCCACCAUGCGGCUCGACAUCGGGGACAUCCAGGAGGCCCUUAAGAAUCACGACUCGUGGAUGGAGGAUGUCUCUAACACCCUGCAGCAGAUGCAGGAGAAGGAGGAGAACCUGACGGAGGACAUCAUCAACCUGAAGAACGAGAUGAACACCAAGCUGGACACCAAGGUGGACAACGUGGCCUGGAAAGAGGCCAACGACGACCUGGACGCGGCCGUCAAGACAGUGAGGGACAUGGUUUCCUCCCUGCGGCUGGACGUGGAUGCGCGCCGUCGGAAGGUGGACGAGAUCCUGGCAACAAUCAGGCACGACGUCACUGCCGUCGAGACCAACCUGGAGGAGUCCAAGGCGAAGAUCACGAGCGACACCGACCAGGCCGUGAACGCGCUGAACGGCAGGAUCGACUUCACCAACAAGGACCUGGCGGCCACGCAGGAGAGCCUGCACACCACGCAGAACUCGCUCAGCGACUGCUUCAACGAGGUGGCCGUGGUCAGGAGCGACCUCGAGCGGAACGUGGCCGACACCGAGGCCCGCCUCAAGAACGACGUGCGCCAGAAGCAGCAGGAGGCGUUCGAGAAGAUCGCGGCGGUGGAGCAGCAGGCCGAGCUCCGCAGCGCGGAGGCCUCGCGGCGCCUGGGCGCGCUGGACCUGCGCAUGAGCGGCGUGCAGGGCGGCCUCGGCGAGCACAAGCGCGACAUCCUGAAGCUGCGCGAGGAGGUGAACGGCCUCACGGUGAAGAGCGCGUCCCACGAGGUGGACAUCCAGAAGAACAGCGACGCCAUGCGCAAGAUGGAGAAGCAGCGCAACAUGGACGAGCAGAACUGGAAGGCCCAGAUGGACGCCGUCCACGACGUCCUCGACACCAAGGUGAACGAGAAGCCGUUCGAGGACCUGAAGCACUGCACCGCCUCUCUCACGAAGGGCGUGGUCAAGUUCGCCCAGGUCGUCGGCGUCUUCCCCGGCCCCAAGUUCGACGACGCCGAGGGCGGCGACCAGGGCGAGGCGGACGUAGAACUGCUGGGCUGGGAGGAGUGCGCGGAGAACAUGUCCUUCCGCGUGGACAAGGCGUGGCGUCAGAGGUGCUCGCAGCGCUUCCGCAACGUGCUGGACAUGGUUGCCAAGAAGGCGGACCACAGCGUCCUGCGGCUGUUGCAGAUCUCCCAGCAGCACAUCGAAUCGCAGCUGGAGCGCGUCAAGCACGAGCGCGAGCUCUGGAAGGAGGAGCGCCUGGCCAAUCUGGAGGCGCAGCUGGCGGCGCUGUCCGCCAGUGCAGGCGAUGGCGACGGCGCCGGGAAGAAGCAGGGCCCUCCAGGCAGCAGCGAUGCCCAGAUUCUGAAGAAGGUGUCCACGAGGCUUCAGGACUUCGAGGCUCAGCUCACUGCCCAGCUGAGCAACAUGCAGAGCGACUUCGACAAGAAGCUUUCGCACGUGAGCCGCGGAGCAUCCUCCAUGAAGCCGUUGGACGCUGCUGGGCCGUCCGCGGGGCUCGAUACCAUGGCGGAGGACCUGGACCAGCUCAAGUUUGACGUGGGUGAGCUCAAGGAUCUCCUGAACAACAACAAAGGCGAGGUGAAUCACGUUCGCCGCAUUGUGCUUGCAUGCGAGCGCGAUAUGGAGGACUUCACCGCUGCAAUGGAUGCGGUCAACGUCGACCUCGACGAGAUGCGCGCGCGGGUAGACGCCACGCACUCCAUCAUCACAAGCCGACAGCGCGUGGAGGCCACGAUGACCGCUGAAAUCUCCACCAUGCGGCUCGACAUCGGGGACAUCCAGGAGGCCCUUAAGAAUCACGACUCGUGGAUGGAGGAUGUCUCUAACACCCUGCAGCAGAUGCAGGAGAAGGAGGAGAACCUGACGGAGGACGUCAUCAACCUGAAGAACGAGAUGAACACCAAGCUGGACACCAAGGUGGACAACGUGGCCUGGAAAGAGGCCAACGACGACCUGGACGCGGCCGUCAAGACAGUGAGGGACAUGGUUUCCUCCCUGCGGCUGGACGUGGAUGCGCGCCGUCGGAAGGUGGACGAGAUCCUGGCAACAAUCAGGCACGACGUCACUGCCGUCGAGACCAACCUGGAGGAGUCCAAGGCGAAGAUCACGAGCGACACCGACCAGGCCGUGAACGCGCUGAACGGCAGGAUCGACUUCACCAACAAGGACCUGGCGGCCACGCAGGAGAGCCUGCACACCACGCAGAACUCGCUCAGCGACUGCUUCAACGAGGUGGCCGUGGUCAGGAGCGACCUCGAGCGGAACGUGGCUGACACCGAGGCCCGCCUCAAGAACGACGUGCGCCAGAAGCAGCAGGAGGCGUUCGAGAAGAUCGCGGCGGUGGAGCAGCAGGCCGAGCUCCGCAGCGCGGAGGCCUCGCGGCGCCUGGGCGCGCUGGACCUGCGCAUGAGCGGCGUGCAGGGCGGCCUCGGCGAGCACAAGCGCGACAUCCUGAAGCUGCGCGAGGAGGUGAACGGCCUCACGGUGAAGAGCGCGUCCCACGAGGUGGACAUCCAGAAGAACAGCGACGCCAUGCGCAAGAUGGAGAAGCAGCGCAACAUGGACGAGCAGAACUGGAAGGCCCAGAUGGACGCCGUCCACGACGUCCUCGACACCAAGGUGAACGAGAAGCCGUUCGAGGACCUGAAGCACUGCACCGCCUCUCUCACGAAGGGCGUGGUCAAGUUCGCCCAGGUCGUCGGCGUCUUCCCCGGCCCCAAGUUCGACGACGCCGAGGGCGGCGACCAGGGCGAGGCGGACGUAGAGCUGCUGGGCUGGGAGGAGUGCGCGGAGAACAUGUCCUUCCGCGUGGACAAGGCGUGGCGUCAGAGGUGCUCGCAGCGCUUCCGCAACGUGCUGGACAUGGUCGCCAAGAAGGCGGACCACAGCGUCCUGCGGCUGCUGCAGAUCUCCCAGCAGCACAUCGAGUCGCAGCUGGAGCGCGUCAAGCACGAGCGCGAGCUCUGGAAGGAGGUGGUGGAGCGCCGGCAGCAGCAGCCCAUGCAGCUCGCGCUGGGCGCCAAGGAGGCCGCCGCGGGCGGCGCCGGGCCCCCGAGCGCCCGGGCGCUGCGCGCCUGA